AUGCUGCUUCUCAAGCUUGACAUCAAGAAGGCGUUCAACUCAGUGAGAUGGGAUUUUCUGAUGGAUCUUUUGAGGCACCUUGGCUUUUCGAGCCGAUUUCGAGGUUGGGUGUCGGCCCUUCUAGCAUCAACAUCAUCGAGAGUUUUGAUCAACGAUGUCAUCGAACACCCUAUCAAGCAUGAUGCUGCUGCCAUCUUUGUCAAGCCAAUAAAAGAAGACAUUGAAUUCUUGGCAUCCACCCUUGCUAAUUUCAGAGAGGCGGCAGAUCUGGUGACUAACUGCGCCAAGAGUCAUGUGGCAGCUAUUUGCUGCGAUGGCAUUGAUCUCGAUGAUAUCCUCAUGUCCUUCCCAGCCAUCCAAACUUCCUUCCCUAUGAGAUAUCUCGGGCUGCCCCUUUUGGUCCGGAGACUUCAUAGGGUUCACUACCAUCACUCGGAAGACAAGGUGGCCGGAAAGCUCACCCCUUGGCUUGGCAGACACGUUAAGUCACUAGGAGGCAUUGUUCUUGUCAAGGCGGUCCUCACUGCUAUCACGAUCUACCACCUCACUUCUCUGGAUCUGCCAGUUGAGGUCAUCAAGGCAAUUGACAAUAUUAGACGUGCGUAUCUUUGGGUGGGAUGUGAUAAGGUCACUGGUGGGAAAUGCAAAAUUAAUUGGGAGAUGACGCCGGAGCAGGCCGAGCGGUUGCGGCUUUCUUCUUUAGUUGCUUAUCAGGCGGAGGAGAAGGACUGCGACGCGCCGGAUCAGCCGGAGCGGCGGCGGGUCUCUUCCGCCCUUGCUGACGAGGCGAAGAAGGAGAAGGCUGGCUUGUCGGGCACGCCGACGCAGGCAGAGAAGGAGGCGUAG